CAUGUGUUUGAUUCUGAAAGCAACUUGGGACAUCACACGAGAUGGGUGGCGUUGCUUCUUCAGUGGAAGAGAGCCUGCGACACUGGAAUGCAUGUUGACGGUCAUUCCUUGCGACUGAAGCGAGCGGAGAAGUUGGUCCUGCCCAUUUCAAGUCACUUGUUGCUUUCCUGACUGCAUAACGCGAAGUGAGGCCGACAGCAGAGCAGAAAUGGAUGUGUUUGGUGGCGCCCCACGUUUUUUGGCGUACCCAAGACCUGUGGUGGUUCAAAGUGGCACAGACGCAGUGCUAAAGUGUCAAAUUGGUGGCGACCCAAGACCCGCAGUGAUCUGGGAGCGAAAUAACAUAAAGAUUGAUCCACAAGGGCGAUACAGGGUCUUCGAAGAUGGAAAUGUUUACAAUCUCAUCAUUACAGCUGUGACUCUAGAGGACAGCGGCCAGUAUAUAUGCAAAGCAAAGAACAGCAUCGGUGAAACAUAUGCUGCUGCCACGCUUAAGGUUGAGGGCGAGGCACAAGAAAUGGAGAUACGAGAGGAAAAUAAGCCACGAUUCCUCAUCAAGCCUCUUUCCACUCGUGUUGGUCGUGGGGAUGAUGCUGUCUUCUCCUGUAAGCUCUGGGGAAACCCCAGGCCAGACAUUUUCUGGGAAAAGGAUGGGCGAAAACUCAAUGAAAUAUUUGAGAGCGCACAUUUUUGCGUGGGACACCAGGACGGAGGAUGGUUCCAGUUGAAGAUCUUUAAGACACGUGCACCAGAUGGUGGUGUCUAUACAUGCAAAGCCAGGAAUGAGUUCGGGGAGUCAUUAGCAGGAGCCGUACUACUGGUUGAUGCGGGUCCCGGACACGAGGAAGAAGGGAGUAGGAAUGGUUACACAAAUGGUCACUGGAAACCCCAUCAAGCAAAACAGAGGAGCAGCAGGCAGAUGCCAAAUAGGGUCAAAGAUGAUCCCAUGACCAUGUCGACUAAAGUGAAAAUGUUUGCGGUGACAGAGGGCAAACAUGCUAAAUUCCGCUGCUUUGUGACUGGGAAACCCAAACCAGAAAUAAUCUGGAGGAAAGAUGGCAGACUGAUAUUAUCAGGAAGACGUUAUUUGCUGUAUGAGGACAGGGAAGGAUACUUCACACUCAAGGUUCUUUACUGCAAACAGAAGGAUAACGGAGUGUAUGUUUGUGCCGCAUCCAAUACUGCAGGACAAACCCUCAGCGCCGUACAUCUGUCCGUAAAGGAGCCGCUUGUGCGGUUUAAGCAGCCUCUCAUUGAUCUUGAAGUUUGGGAACGUGACUUGGCUGUUCUUGAGUGUGAGGUUCCAGAGGACUCCGUUCGCAUCACGUGGUAUUUGGAAGAUAGACGACUGCAACCAGGGACCAAAUAUGGAAUGGAAGAGUGGGGAACGAAAAGGCGACUUACAAUUCGUGACAUUGGAGUUGAUGAUGACGGGAUUUACCUCUGUGAAAUGCCUGAUGGUGGGCGAAGUAUUGCAGAGGUAGCUGUUAAAGGCACAAUUGUGCGUAAACUUCCAAGAAAAGUUGAUGUCUUAGAAGGAGAAAAUGCUGCUUUUUGUGUUGAAGUGGAAAAAGAAGAGAUGGAUAUACACUGGUAUAUAGACGGUGUAGAGCUACGAGAAACACAUCAAACCAUUAUAAAGUCUUUUGGUCGAACUCACAUACUGGUUUUCGUCAAUACAAUGCCCCAAGACUCUGGCCUUGUGACUUUCCUUGUGGGGAGAUCCAAGACCUCCUCUCAGCUAAGAGUGAAAGCGGCCAAGCAUUGUCCUCCAAGUUGUCCAGUGGGAGUGCAGAUGAACACAGAGCGCGCUAAUGCUGCUCUUCUCUCGUGGGUUCCGGCUCAGGACUCACGAAGGAACCCUCCAUCUGGAUAUGUUCUUGAACGGCAGGAAGUGGGCACCGGUUCGCAGGAGUGGCUCCAGUGCCUGACUACUGACUCCGCAACCUCUGUGGAGAUCCUUGGUGACAGCGUUCCAUGUGAAGCUGAUUAUCGAUUUCGCAUUUGCAGUGUAAAUAAGUAUGGCAAGAGCAAUAAUGUGGAGUUUCCUAAAACUGUUCAUUUAGUUCCAGUGGCUCGAAUACAAGCCCCCCUACAGGAUGCCUUAGUGCCAGAGGGGCAAGAUGCCCUAUUCUCUAUUGAGCUGUCUUCUUCAGUUAUUGGUACAUGGUUCCUAAAUGGUACUCAGCUUCAGGAGGAUGAACGGUAUUCCAUGCGUCGUACUCGAACACAUCAGUCUCUUCGCAUUCGGGGAGUGCGUGACACGGACAAUGGAGCUGAAAUAACAUUCAUUGCAUAUGGAAUCCGGGAUUCUGCAGCACUGUACAUUCAAGCUCCUCUGGUCAAGUUUUCAGCAUUGUCAGAAAUGGAUCGAAACAAAUUUGUAGAGACUGGGAACCCCAUUGUGCUCUACUGUGAGCUGUCAGACCCUGCAGCUCCAGUGCAUUGGUACAAAAAUGGAGUUGAACUGCAAACAGUGGAAGGUCUCCACAUCCAAUCUGAGGGAACCAUGAGGAGAAUUGUCAUCCAAUCAGCAGAGUUCUCCCAUUCUGGUGUAUAUUGCUGUGAUGCCAUAGACGACAUCAUCAGAUUCAAUGUGGAAGUAGAAGCGCCACCAGUAACAUUCACUAACAUCCCAGAGGAGGAUCUUUUCAAGGGUGUUGUGGAACAUGAGCCCUUCGUCCUGUCAUGCAAUGUAUCUAGACCUGAUGCCGUUGUCCAGUGGUACAAAGAUGGAUCUGAAGUGCAACCGAGCAACAAUGUUGUCAUGCAAGCAGACGGCACCAAAAGAGCUCUGACAGUUCAUUCAGCUCAGCUAUCAGACACAGGCACGUACACAUGUCGUGCUGGGGACAACUCUUUAAUGUUCAAGCUUAUUGUACGAGAACCUCCAGUGAUGAUCAUCUACCCAAAAGAGGAUGUACACCUUGACCGUCAUGUGCCUGAGGAAAUCAUUCUGAGCUGUGAACUGUCUCGUCCAAAUGGCCUUGUCAACUGGUACAAAGAUGGUCAGAAGCUACAGGAGAGUGAAAACAUCAAGCUCAAGGUUGAAGGACCUUAUCGACGACUAAAGAUUGUUAAUAGUGGAGUUGAAGAUUCUGGGGAAUAUGUCUGUGAUACAGCUGAUGACUCAAUAUUCUUUCACCUUAACAUUAAAGAACCUCCAGUACGGAUUGUAUCACCAAGUCAGUCACAAAUGGAACUUUGUCAGCAGACGUCUGAGAGAAUGGUACUGAGUUGUGAGAUCUCACGGCCCAAUGCAAUAGUGCGUUGGUAUCGAGAUGGACUUGAAGUCGAGGAGAAUGACAAUCUUAUUCUUGAAGUAGAUAGUGUCUACAGAAGACUCAUAAUACCAGAAACCACCGUUGAUGAUUCAGCAGAAUACGUGUGCGAUACUGCAGAUGACUCUGUGACGUUCUUUGUAAACAUAGCGGAGCCCCCUGUUCGCUUUGUACGGCCAAGGAAGAUGGCAAGCAAAGUAGAGAGAGUAGUUGGAGAGGCUCUGGUUCUCGACUGUGAAGUUUCAAGAUCAAACGCAGAGGUAACCUGGAAAAAGAAUGGUGAAGAAGUGGAAAACUCUCGAAAUGUUACCAUUCUGGAGGACGGCAUCGUACGCCAAUUAACCAUUCACUCGGUGACAGGAGAAGAUGCUGGGCAAUAUGUCUGUGAUGCAAAGGAUGAUGUGAUGGAUUUCCAUGUGACAGUGAAAGAACUUCCUGUGAAAAUUCUGGGUAAAACUGAGGCAAAAACAGAAAAGCAAUUCUUAGUAUUAGAUGAUAUUAUUCUAGUGUGUGAACUCUCAAGAUCAAAUGUCUCAGUCAGUUGGUACAAAGACAAUCAGCUAAUUGAUGACAGCGAGAGAUACUGCAUUGAGGAGCAAGGAGUUUUCCGAUCACUGGUGGUUCUAAAUGCUGGCCUUGAAGAUUCGGGAGAGUACAUCUGCGAUGCAGUAGAUGAUAAGAUGGUAUACUAUAUCACAGUAAAAGAGCCUCCCAUAAAGAUCAUUGGAAACUCUGGUCACCCAGAGCACCAUAUCCUGGUAGCAGGAGAAGACCUCAUUCUGGAGUGUGAGGUGUCUCGGCCAAACGCUACUGUUCAGUGGUUAUGGAAUGGCAACAUACUGAAACCAGACACUCGUGUAAAGAUUGACAGCCAUGAUGUGGUGAGAAAGCUCGUUCUACGUGGACUGCAACCAUCUGAUUCUGGAAAGUACUUAUGUGAUGCCACUGAUGACAAACUCAUAACUAUUGUUGAAGUCCAAGAGCUUCCAGCCAUGUUUGUGAAUAAAAAAACAAAUAGUAACAUAUUUGCCUAUGAAAAUGAGAGCGUUACGCUGUGUGCCAUGGUGAACCAAGAGAGAGCUAAUGUUCGGUGGCUGAAAGAUGGCCAGCUAUUGAAUGAGGACAACAUUCACAUCUCCAGUGAUGGUAAUACCCAGAAGCUCACUAUUAAUCCUUUGCAGCUGUCAGACUCUGGAGAGUAUGUCUGUGACGUAAAUACAGACCAGAUGUAUUUCAGUCUUUUUGUCAAAGAGAUGAAGGUGAAAUUCAUCAAACCUCUGGAGAAUGUUCUUUCUCUGAAGGGCAGAAGCUUAACUUUACGAUGCGAGAUCAACAAGCCCAAAGGAGAUGUUCAGUGGUUGAAAAAUGGGCAGGAAAUUUCUCUGAGUCGUCGACAUACAAUACGGGCACAAGGGCGAGAGCGGACCUUCACCAUCCACCAAACACUGGAUGAUGAUGCAGGAGAAUAUGCCUGUGAAUCUACAGAUGACAGGACUUCAGCAACAGUCACUGUACAAACUCCCCGUGUCGUUGAAUUCAUAGCCGAGCUUCGUAGCAUCACGGUUUGUGAAGGGGAAGACGCCAUAUUUAAGUCUGUGGUUUCGCCGGAGGACACGCAGUUGGUGUGGCGCUUAAAUGGCACGCAAGUAGCUCAAAAUGAGCGCGCUGUUAUUUCAAGCAAUGGUUUGUGCCACAUGCUCUGCAUCCACAACUGUGUGGUUUCAGAUAGUGGCAGAGUGACAGCUGAUGCAGAGGGCGUGGUAUCAGAGGCGGACCUCCAAAUUCAAGAGCAACAGGUGGUGUUCACCAAUAAAAUGAAACCAGCUGUUGCUGAAGAGUACAGUGACGCAACUCUGGAGGUGGAGGUCAGUCUGGAUUCAGGAGAGGUGCAGUGGAUGAGACAAGGGGUGCUCAUCCACCCUGGAGCCAAGUAUACCCCAAAACGCAAGGGCCGAAAACACACUCUCACCAUUCACAAACUUGCCAUGUGUGACCGGGGUACCUAUAGUUGUGAAACCCUGCAUGACCGCACGCAGACCCAACUCACAGUGGAACCUCGAAAAGUCACAAUCAAGAGGGGCCUGCAGGAUAUAAGGACAACAGAGAGAGAGACAGCAUCAUUUGAGGUGGAACUGUCCCAUGCCAAUGUGGCAGGAAUCUGGAAGAGGAAUGGAACCCAACUUAAACCAACAAAUCAUUUCCGUAUGAGUUCCAAGGAACAAGUCCACAGUCUCACCAUCUCUAACCUGUCAGUGGAAGACAGCGCCACCUUUAUGUUCUGUGUGGAAAAUCUGAAGACAUCAGCAAGGCUUGUGGUGAAGGAGCCCCCGGUGACAUUUUUAAGAAAGUUGGAGGACCAGAAAUUUCCAGAAGGUGCAAUAGUUUCCAUUGAGUGUGAACUGUCCAGACACAAUGUUGAUGUGAGGUGGAUUAAGAAUGGGACUGAGGUGAAGCCAAGCAAAGACAUACGCAUUUAUGCUAUGGGAAGGAGACGUUUUCUUCAGAUAAUGAAAUGUCACGUCUGUGAUUCUGGCAUGUACACCUGUGAUGCUGGAGAUGCCACAACAUUCUGCACUGUGGAGGUUUAUGAGCGCGAGCUUCUGAUCCUGCAAGACCUUGAGGACUUGGACAUCCAGGAAGAUCAAAAUGCCGUGUUUGUUUGUGAAAUCUCAGUGGAGGAUGUGCCAGGAGAGUGGUACAGAAACGGAGAAAGGAUACAACCAACCAGCACAAUCAAGAUCCGUCAAGAAGGGACCAAACAUUUUCUUCUAAUGUGUAAUGUGCGAGCUGAGGACUCAGGAGAGAUUAGGUUUGCUGCCAGACAUGUUGAAUCGGUCGCUUACCUGGAGGUGGAAGAACUUCCUCUGAGCAUUGUCAAACCGCUGCAGGAUACAACUGCCCUCGAGAAAACCCGUGUGAUAUUAGACUGCACGGUGUCCAACCCCAGAUGUAGCAUCCGCUGGUACAAAGGCAGAAACGUCAUCCUGCCAUCAGCGCGCUUUGAGAUCUGCAGCGAAGGCUGUUAUCGCAAGCUGGUCAUCCAGCAGGUGGCACUAGAUGACGAGGGCACGUACAGUGUGCAAGUCGGGGAUCAUACAUGUGCUGCAAAUCUCACAGUGGAAGCCCAGUCUGUCGUGAUGGUCCGAGAGCUGACGGAUGUGGAAGUGGAGGUCCCAGAUGAAGCCUGCUUUGAGUGUGAGGUGUCAGUUCCUGUCCUCAAAGCUCCGGUGUGGAGUCUGAACGGGGAGCUGCUGCAGCCGAGCUCAGAGGUCCGCAUGGAGAAGAUGGGUACAGUCCAUAGGCUGACCUUCAGACAAACCUCCCUGGACAUGAAUGGUUUGGUGGAAUUCAUGUCGGGAAAAGCCAAAAGCAAAGCUCAGCUUCGAGUGCUGAGUGAUCCUUAAGUGAUGGCAUCAAUUAAGUGGCCUAUAGAUGUUUUCAAGUUCUCAACACUGAUGCUGCUUAUAAAUAUUUACAUCCCGGUUGUUUUUAUGAGGUUUACAGCAAUGUUGUCACUGAUUUUAAUGCAGUUCAGUCAAAUGAGUGGAUUUUAUUUCAUUACGUUGCCUUUAAAGCUUCAGUGUGUCGGAUGUACGCUGUAUCCAGA